GGUCACCGGCAAGAUGGCGUCAAGACUUUGCAGGCUGAUUCGGCCUGCGGUUACUGGACUGGCUCGAUGUAGCCAAAUGCCAAGACAAGCACCUGCUGCCAUACAACAUUUCCGGUUUGAGAGUACCUCAGCUGAGUCCUUAAAACCCACAAUUAAGAAGGUCGAAAGGAAGGUUGAGACAGACCAGCUGAAAACAUUUGGACAAUAUGUGGCAGAAAAUAUUCCCAAAUAUGUUCAGGAAGUGCGAAUCACAGCUGGAGAUGAACUAGACAUUCUCGUUCACCCUGAAGGGAUCCUUCCUGUUAUCUCCUUUCUGAAGAAUCACCACACAGGCCAGUUCCUUAACAUAAUAGAUGUUACUGCCAUGGAUGUCCCUGCACGAAAGUACAGGUUUGAGAUGAUUUACAUGCUCAUGUCUCUGCACUUCAACUCUCGAAUCAAGGUCAGGUCUUACACAGAUGAACUCACUCCUGUGAGUUCAAUCACCUCAGAGUUUCAUGGUGCAAACUGGAUGGAACGAGAGGUUUGGGAUUUGUAUGGUGUGUUUUUCGCCAACCACCCUGACUUGAGAAGAAUCCUGACUGAUUACGGGUUUGAAGGUCAUCCAUUCCGGAAAGACUUCCCACUGUCUGGUUAUGUUGAGGUACGAUAUGACGAUGAGGAGAGACGUGUGGUAGUUGAACCACUUGAGUUAGCUCAGGAGUUUAGGAAAUUCGAAUACAGUAGUCCAUGGGAAACUUUCCCUAAGUUCCGACUCACAGAGGGUGAUCAAGCCUCAGAAACACCCAAGGAACCAGAAACAAAGUCGUAAGAUACACAACAAUAGGAGAUGUGUUAAAUGAAAUUAAGACAAUAACAUUGUAACUGUUGACAGUGAAGUAGUGAUAAUGAAUAUUUGGAAAACAUUAUAUGUGGUGUGUUUUUACCAGUGUUUGUUACUUCACUAUGUAAAUAAAUUUGUGACAAAGAA